UCAGGACAUGAGGCUCUGCCUGUAGUCAGCAACUUGGAAUAUUCAGACUUCAGACCAGCGUCACAGAUUAUAACCAUCCUUAAAUCACCCGCAGCCCAGCUCCCAUCAAAAGCCAGCCUGCAAGACCCAGGGACACGUGACUCCAGUGUUCCCAACAACAUCUUAAGAUCAAGUUGGUUUGCACAACGUUAGCAUCUAUUUGGGACAAAGCAAGAACAAUAAGGGUAAAAAAGUGAAAAAAAAAAAAAAGAUCCCUGAGUAAUUGCAAAUGCUGGGACAGUUUACCACUCCAAGGUGAAGAGUCCGUACCAACAUGUCUGCCUACUACAGGAAUAACGGAUAUGAGGAAGACCCAGAUUACCCUGACUAUUCAGGGUCUCAGAACCGUACACAGGGGUAUUUGAAAACUCAGGGUUAUCCAGAUGUUCCAAGUCCUCUGAACAAUCCAUACUACCCUGGCACCAGGAGCAAUCCAUACUCUGUAGCCUCCAGAACACGUCCAGACUAUCCUGGGUCUCUGGCAGAACCAAAUUAUCCUGGAUCUCUGAGUAAUCCAGACUAUUCUGGCACCAGAAGCAAUGCAUACUCUGCAGCCUCUAGAACAAGCCCAGACCACCCUACCUCUCUACCAGAGCCAGAUUAUAGUGAAUUUCAGAGUCAUCCAUACCACCGAGCAUCAUCCAGACAGUCAGACUACCUUGGAUCUCAACGAAAUCCUGAUUUUGCAGGCUCCAGCAGCAGUGGAAACUAUGCAGGCUCCAGAACACAUCCAGAUCAUUUUGGCUCCUUAGAACCGGACUACCCUGGAGCUCAGAGCAACUCUGAUCAUCCUGGACCUAGAGCCAAUUUGAACCAUCCAGGCUCCAGAAGGAAUCUAGAACACACAAGUUUUAGAAUCAAUCUGUACACAGACUCUCUGGGAAAGCCUGAUUACCCAGGCGCUGACAUUCAACCUAACUCUCCACCCUUUUUUGGGGAGCCAGACUAUCCCGGUGCUGAGGACAAUCAGAACUUGCCAAGCACUUGGAGAGAACCUGAUUAUUCAGAUGCUGAGAAUGGUCAUGAUGAUGGCUCUUCUGAGACCCCAAAGAUGACCAGGGGGGCUCUCAGCAGAACAUCUUCAAUCCAGCCCUCAUUUCAUCACAGGAGUGAUGGCCCCUUGAGCAACCUUUGGGGAGAGAAUGAAGAUUACCCUGAAGGCAUUGAAAUGGCAUCCAUGGAGAUGGCAAACUCAUAUGGCCGCUCUCUGCCGGGUGCUCCUGGAAAUGGCUAUGUGAACCCUGCUUAUGUAUGUGAAAGUGGUCCUGUCCAUGCUUAUGGAAACCCACCAUUGUCUGAAUAUGAUUGGCACAAGUCACCCCAAGGUAAGUGA